AUGUUGAAUGUGGUGCUAGUAGGUCUUAUAGGUACGAGGUUGUUAUGCAAGCUGGUGAUGCUGAGCUUGAAAUGCGAGGAAGGUGCAGUGCAGGUCAACAGGUGCUUGCUUCGUUGUGGAAUACUUGCACUUGAUGAACUAACCGCCAAUUUAGAUGCUCCAAAUGUCGAAAGUCUGGCUGCUGCUCUAUUAUCAUGGCAACCUUCAACAGUAGCAGAAGAUAUUGUGUACGUGUUCUUUGGAUGCCAUUGUGGAUUCGGGAAGAUCCUUGCUUACUGGUCCAACUGUAUGUAUCUCACGUGA